AUUAAAUUUUAACUGCUUUCUGUUCUAUCACACAACUUACAGGAUUAGAUCAAAUCUAUCUCUAAUCUCACCUGUGUCUUUCUUUCCUUUAAAAGAAUGUGUAUAUAUGUGUGUGUAAAUGUAUGCAUGUGUUUAUUGUUUGUUUUCCUAGAAGGAAUACAUGUUUUAUAUGAAUAUAUUUGCUAUAGCUCUCAUUAUAGAAGAUUAAUGAAUAUUUAUUUCUUGAAAGUGAAUAAUUUUUCAAUCUAAAAAAAGUGAGUAGGAAGAAAAGGAUAUAUCUUAAAAUGAAAAAUUUUAAAUAAAAUAUUAUCACUUAUGAAAAAUAUUUUCUAAUCUUUCAAUGUUUACUUUUAAUAGCAUUGCUGAUGACAUUUUCCCUAAUAUCAGUUACUUAGGGGCUAUUCACUGCAAUAUACUGGCCAUCCAGAUCAAGUACGACAAUACUAACAUAAGGCUACAGCCAAUAGAAUUCAUCUGCAUCAUGAUAUGGCGUUGCUUGGAGAUUACCUCACGUGUAGUGACUCUGGUACUGUUUACUACAUCUCUGAAACUGAAGAGCAUGCCCUUUUUAUUAACCAUAUUUUCCGUAUCAUUGCUGGCACCAUGGCUGGAAUUUUGGAGAAGUGGAGCUCACCUUCCCAGCAAUACUAAAAAGAACUUGCAUCCAGUGAGUACAGUAUUCAUGCUUAUCAUGAUCACUCUACUAUAUGCUGCCAUCAACUUCUCCUGCUGGUCGGCAGUGAAACUGCAAUUGUCAAGUGAGGAAAUAAUUGAUAAGAGACAGAAGUGGCGUCAUAGAAUCCUACACUACAGCGUUCGGUUUUUAGAAAAUGUGGUAAUGACAUCGGUAUUUAGAUUUUUUGGCGGGAAGUCUUUAUUGAACUGCUGUGAUUCAUUAAUUGCCACGCAGCUCAUCAUAACCUACCUGUUAUCCAUUGGUUUUAUGUUCCUCUUCUAUCAGUAUUUGCAUCCAGAGUGGUCAGACAAAGCAUUACCAGAACAUGCUGAAAAUCGGCCUGAAGCAAUGUGA